GGGAGACCUUUUAUCUCUUAUGAUUUAUAAAAUAUUAACAUAAGAUAUUUUGUAAAAAUGUCUUAUUACAAUUCUUUUAUCUAGAGGAUCAGGAAUCGUUUUUUUUAUUCAUUAACCUAAACAAUAUAUUUUGGAGUGCAGUUAAAAUACGAUAGUUCAGCAGUUCAUUUUCUUAUCAACAACUCUACACAUAAUGCGUAUUUUCUAGACAUUAUCGAUUUCACUUUCAGUAGAUUUUGAACACUGAAUAAAAACACUUUUGGCAAUGCGAGUAAUUUGUCUGUGUCUUUUGUUUUUAAUCGCAAUUGUAGUAAAUGUGUCAGCUUAUAUGUCCUGUAAAGAUGAAGACAACGAUUAUGUCGAUUGGUGGUUCAUGUAUCUGCAGGAUGAUGAAAAAUACAUCUAUGUGACCAGCGAAAAUUACAACAAGUGGCAAAUGUCGAAUGAAACAUUGAUGAGCAAUCGAUCACUGCUAUCCAGAGCAAGCAAUUUCAAUUUUCUUAUAGGUCUUGCUUCAUACAACGAUGUUUUUACCAAUGGCACCAUAUUCGAUUGGGGUGGAGCUUCUAGGGGAUGGAUAGCCGCAUCUCCAUACUCGGGAAUUUGGAUGAUAUACUCCAUUCCCCUCGAUGAUAAUCAGAAGUAUGGCAACAAUUUUCUUUGCCUAUCACUCGAUGAAAAGGGCGUGGAAAAAGCGGCUGAACUUUUGGUUCUCUCUGAGCCGCACUUUAACUUGACACGCCAAUCCAAAAAUCUCGUCAAUAUUCUUCCACUUCUUUAUAAUGCCAUCAAUCCCAAUACAUUCACGACUGGCGACCUUGAGCUAGAUGUUGAGCUAAGCACCUUGAAAGGAAGAAAGUUUCGGUUCUUUGGCAAACAUCCUUCAAUCUACAAGGAGUUAUAUGCCGACAUUGUCGCCCCGGCGCUCGGAGUUAAUCUCUUUGUGCGAACCGAUCUUAAUAGCAGUUUAGACAGCCAAAAUUUACCGAACAAAUGUAAAGACAACAAGAUCUACAACAUAAAGGAAGUUGUCGGCCCUCAAGGUAGAUCGAUAUCUGCAUUAACAGAUCACUCCAAGUGGGCCGUAUCCCAAAAGAAUUCUGGCAGUGAUUGGAUCUGCAUCGGGGAUCUCAAUCGCCAUCAAUCGCAUCUAAGUCGCGGGGGCGCCGCCAUCUGUCUCGAGGAUUUGGUUGUAAGCGAAAGAUACCGCGAAUUGAUUUCUACGUAUGAAGAGUGUGAAUAACCAAAUGCGUAAUGUCGACUACGACACCUUGUAUGUAUUUGUUUACAACUAUCAACGUGAAUUUAAAUUUAUAUUUGUCAAUUCUAUUACUUAUAAAUUUGUAUUGAUAUUAUUUCUUUCAAUUAUCGAGUUGUAAAUUUAAAUGCUUUCUUCUAAAGUAGAUUUAUAUUAACAAAAUAAAU